CGUCCUGUCCCGCAGCUGUGUGUUCUGCACCUCUCCGCCCUUACAGCUGUGUUUUAGCCCGCUCAGUUCUCUCUCUCGCCCCGAGAGCUGUGUUCUGGCCCCUGAGAGCCGUGUUCUGAAUAUUCCCGCCCUGGCUAAGUGCGUUCUGCCUGGCGUACGAGCGUCUAUAUUUUGAUCUAGAGCCAAACUACCUCAGUUUGAACGGUCGUUGUUGUGUUGGGUUUUCUGUAGGAAGGUGACAGGGUUACUCAGGAGUGUAUACGUGUGGGAAGCUUUGAAGACCUGUGUGCGCAGAUCUCGUGUGUUGGGACGCAGUGCGGUGAACAGCAGGUGACCGCGGGGCGCAGCGGUGUACGGCGUGCGUGUGAGCAGCGGCGUGAAGGAGACGCAGCGGGCGGCCUGAAGGAGACGCAGCGGGCGGCGUGAAGGAGACGCAGCGGGCGGCCUGAAGGAGACGCAGCGGGCGGCCUGAAGGAGACGCAGCGGGCGGCGUGAAGGAGACGCAGCGGGCGGCCUGAAGGAGACGCAGCGGGCGGCCUGAAGGAGACGCAGCGGGCGGCGUGAAGGAGACGCAGCGGGCGGCCUGCAGUAGACGCAGCGGGCGGCGUGGGUGAUGGUUGCGGGGCUGUGUUAGAGUACCAUGGUGCUGGUGGUCGGAGCCUCUGACUACGCCAUGUUCCCCGCCGCCAACAGGCCGCCGCCGCCGCCGCCACCGCCGCACGGGGUGGUGGCGCAGCAGGGCCACGCCGGUUACUUCUCCUACUACCCUCAGCAGGCGCACCACCACCACCACCACCACCACCCGCACCACCAGUACGCCCCACCGGACCUCAACUGCAACCUGCAGCCGUUCAUGACGGGACAGUUCAGCGAGGGGCUCCAGGGCGCCGCCUGGCACAACCCGACCAUGUACAUGCCCGCCACCCACCACUCCGCCGCCGCCCACUGCCAGCAGCGCUCACCCACCGGGUAUGACGAUUGGGCAGCGCCUCUACACCACAACGGCAGCCACGGGGGUGUAUCCCCCUUACCGCAACCCCCGAUGCUAUCCUCCGCCCCCGGGGGCAUGCAACACCCGCCCCACACCCCGUCGCCCUGCAACACCACCCAGCCAGGGCCCGCCUCGCCCAACUUCGCCCACUACCAGAAACUGGCCCCCGUCUCGGGGCCCCCGGAGUUCGCCAACGACAGCGGUGUUCCAGGGGGCGGAGGUGCGCAGUCUCCGCACGACAGCGUCCUGAACCUGGGCGAGGGGGCGGCGGAGGUGGGCUCCCCGCCCUCCGCCCACGCCGGCACCCAACGCCCACAGCAAGUGAGGUCUCCGUUUGAAUGGAUGAAGAAACCGUCCUAUCAAGCUCAGCCCAACACAGACGCAGCCUACCUGGACAUGGACGGAAUAAAUAUGAAAGGCAAGACUCGAACCAAGGACAAGUACCGGGUGGUGUAUAGUGACCACCAGCGCCUCGAACUGGAGAAGGAGUUCCACUACUCCAGAUACAUCACCAUAAGGAGGAAGUCUGAGUUGGCCUCCAUGCUGGGGCUCUCGGAGAGACAGGUGAAGAUCUGGUUCCAGAACCGCCGCGCCAAGGAGAGGAAGCAGAUGAAGAAGCGAGACGAGCUGCUGCAGAAGGAGAAGCUGGAGAGCGUCCAGUACCACACCUCGUCCAUCACGCCCGUGCCGCCCAUGGCACCCAUGCACGCCCACGUCUCCACCGCCCAGCACCUCCCCAUCUCUAAACCUCUCAUGAUGGACGUCAAACCCAUCCUGGGGCUGGAAUGACCUGAGGCUGCCUUCUAUUGGAGCCAGUGACCUGUGACCUCAAGUGCUUCACCUGACACCUGGAGCCAGGACCUGUAACAGCGUGGUUAGCGGUGGCUUGAGUGUUGGAGGUGUUUUGAUCCUGGUGUAGUUAUGGCAUGAACUGGUAUAAGUCGUGUAUGCCUGGUGCCUGCCAGUGAUGCCUUGUGUCUGACCCUAGUGACGAUCAGUGCCUGUCGUGGAUGUCGUGACCUGGACCUGAUACAAACAAUCGGUGGCUGGAAUAUAUUGUUGAAUGGCUGUGAAAAAAGCCAUUAGAAAAGCCAAUAUUUCCAAAAAGCCAUAGAAAAGCCAAUAUUAAGACAUUAUACUAUUGAAAAAUGAGUUGUAGGGCACUGUGGGGGAUAGUGUGUGUGAAGGAAUAAUAAACUCCAGUUGUUUUAGCUCAUAAGUGUGUGUAAACACGCGCAGGUCAACACGAACAUUUAUGAAAAGUGAGAUGCGAAGUGUUCAGACUUAUAUAUAUCGAGUGUCUUGUUUGGCCGCAAGAGGCUGCUGACUGGCGUCCGCAGUCAGAGGUCAGAGAAGACACACAAUCACAGGUUCAAGGUUGAAGCUCCAAUUAUUAGGCAAACAGUCGUGAUGACCCAAGAAGCAUUAAUGCUUCUUCACGACCCCAAGAAGCAUUCGUGUAAUUGUUCACGAAUACGGAAAGGUGCGAGGAGGGUGCUCUUGCGUGUAUAUAAUGACUCACAGACAACAGACUUGCGUGUCUGCGUACAGACACCGUCGCACAGAUAGGAUUCUUAUCUAGUAAGUAGGCGAGUAUGCUGUUGUAAUUUUAAUAUAUACUGUUAUUAGGAAAUGUAGCAAAUCAGGGGCACAUUUUGGCGAUACUGAGAGACUUGAGGCAUAUUUUCUUUACCCGCCUGGACACUAUCAGGGCCUUCAGUGGGGGACUUGGAGGAGAUGAGAGCUUCAGUCACUGCUGGGUUCCUAUCCUGUGAGUCACCUGGAAGUGACGGCAGCUUCACUGACUGCUGGGUUCUGUCAAUCUGUUCCUGUCUACGCCGAGACAGUUGGCCAACUGGAGAGGCUCUUCGCCAGCAGCAAAAAGAAAGCUUCAAGCGUGUCCUCUCUCCGCUUCAUGCAGCCCUCAACAGAUUGCAGCGUCCCUCAGCCCAUGGCAACAUCUGUAGUCAUGAAAUCUGGACGCCACGGCGAAUUUCUAACCUUCAGGGAAACACAUACACAACCUCCCUGCUUCAAGAGGACGGCGAGACUGCAAGCAAGUACGAACGCUUAUUGGAACACUAUAAACAACAUAGAAAACAGGAAGAACAUGGGGUGAAGAACAGGGGAAACUGAACUAAAACCAAUUUUUUUCUGAAGGGGGAUGCUCUCAGCUGUAAACAAGACACACUGCGGGGUCAUGAAGCCGUCAUGCUAGUGUGCUUCAGUUGUCUACAUUAAGGCCAAACUCAGCUUGUUUGUAAAUACCGUAGAGUGAAGACAACUUUGAGUCUGUGGAGGCUGCAUCCUGAAGUCUCUGGUGACUGUUAGAGAUACGUGAAUCUUUACAGUCUUGGUCAGAAUCUUCACAGUCUUGGUCAGAAGCUUCACAGUCUUGGUCAGAAUCUUCACAGUCUUGGUCAGAAGCUUCACAGUCUGGUCAGAACCUUCACAGUCUGAUGGGUUCUAAGAGAGUCGACGGUUCAGAGCUCCGUGAAGAUAAGUUGUGAUGUAUGUGUCAUUUUUGUAAUUUAUUCUUAUCAUUAUUUUUUAUGUCUGGAUGACAAGUCAUGGACCUAUUAGCAGCAGUGUUACACACACCCACA